AUGUCAUUCCUUCCCGAAUCUCCCCGCUACCUGAUCAAGCGAGGGCGAGAUGAUGCCGCUCGCCAGUCAUUGGGCCGAUUGCUCUCAGUCAGCCCCGAUGAUUCAGCAGUUCUACAGGAGCUUGCAGAUAUCAAAGCUGCUCAGCGCGCGAAGAGAGCUCGGCGGCUCCAGCUCACCGGUAUCAACUUCAUCUUCUACUACGGCACCACGUUCUUCCAGAACUCGGGGAUCAAGAACCCCUUCCUGAUCACCAUCGCCACCAAUGUCGUCAACGUCGGCAUGACCAUCCCUGGUAUUUACUCGUCGACAAGGCCGGUCGUCGUAGCCUCUUGCUCAUCGGCGCUGCUGGCCAUGUCGAUGUCGACCGCAUCCAAUUGGCUGUGGAACUUUGGUAUUGGUUAUGCUACCCCAUACCUCGUGAAUUCUGGUGCCGGAAACGCGAACCUCGGGGUCAAGGUAUUUUUCAUUUGGGGUGGCACCUGUGUGGGCUGCUUCCUCUUCACCUUCUUCCUUAUCCCAGAAACCAAAGGUCUUUCUUUGGAACAAAUCGAUAUUCUCUACCAGAACACCAAUGCGAUCAGGUCGGUGUCAUACCGUCGCCAGCUCAUUGCCGAGGAUGUGCGCCCUGCUGCUCCCGAUGCGGUUGCACCAAUGCCCAAGGAAAAGGUAGACCAGGUUCACAAGGAGCAUGUGUAA